GGGCCAUAUCGUGGGCCAUAUCGUGGGCUAUAUAGCUUUUCCAGCUCCAGCUGCGGGUCCAGUUUUCAGUCGUUGUCGUGCCGUCGUGAUGUCGUUGCCGUCGUCGCAUCCGUCGUCGUUGUCGUUGUCGUUGUUGUUGUCGCCGCACUCCAUCUAGUUGUUGUUGGUGCAGCAGGCAGCACAGCAACAGCAACAAAAUCACACACCAGCAGAGAGCAGCAACAUCAGGCUUUGAGCGCCAGCAAACAACAAUUAACCAAGCGAAAAGCCAGCAACAAACAAAUAAAAUGAGUUCGCUAAACGGAAAAUUCAUUUGCGCAUAUGGAAUGCUGCACACAUAGAUAUAUAUAGCCCUGCAUACAAGCAUAUAUAUAGAUAUAUACGUAUAUGUUAUACACACACAAAUCUACAUAAAAUCUAAGUGCAAACCAAUUGUGAUUUAAGCUAAUGACCACAACCACAAAACAGCUCCAACAACCUACAAGAAAGUGUAUAAAAAAUUUUUCAAGUUUUUUAAGUAUAUGAAAUUCAGCCCAAGCCUUGUAAAUAGCCAACAAAAUAACUAAAGAACAAGAACUCUUUUCUUAUUAAAACAUAAACCAACCGCAAAUAAAAACACACAAAUUAACUCAACUAAGGAAAGCCACAAACAACAAACAACGAACGAAUAGACAACGCCGUUUGCCCAGCAACCUGAUACAGAAAUGCAUUGCUAAACAGCUGGGGGCACUAACUCCCUUUCAACCGAGUGGCCUGCAAUUCGAAACGAUCUCAACGCAAAAAUGGCACUGCAACGCACUGGGCAGCAGCAUCAAAGGACGCAACUAACUCGACACGGGCUGCAGCAACAACAACAGCAAUUAGAAACAACAACAAAGGCCCGGCAACGAUACAGAGCGGUGGGAAAAUGAAACAAAAACCAGAAACGGGUUUUCCACUCAAAUUUGCAUUCAGCCAAAGAAAUACAAAGCUCUAAGCAAGGAGGAAGGUGCCGACACAAGCAAACAAACAUACAAACUGAGCACAAUAAGAAAAUCGCCAGUGAAAAGGGGUCAGACGGCACACGCACACACGCACACAAACACACACAAGAGACUCAGAAAAAAACCAACACACGAGCAGACCGCAACACAAAUACAAGCAUACGGAGCGCAUAAAGCACACAACACAUUCAACACAGACACACGGACACAGAAGGACGCAGUGUGCAUUGUGAACAGUUUUCAACGAAUUUCCAAAAGUCUACAAAAUAAAAUAGCUAACAGCGUUCAUUACGAAUAACAAAAGGAAACCAUAAAAUUUGAAAUUUGCUCUGUGAUUUUCUAUCGGAAAUGGUUUAGUAAUCCAAAUAAUAAUAAUAAUAAUAUUUAAUAUCAACGUAUGCAUAAAUACUGCGAAACUGCAUUCCCAGCAACCGAACCCGAGAAAAGUUUAUCAAAUCCCCAAGAAAAGCUUUAAAUUCAAUCGAAACGUAAAUCAACAUUUCUAUGAAUAAUACCAAGCAAAGUUUAUUACACUGCGACUAAUCAGUCCAGCCAACGCUACUCGAAAAACGAACUCCGACCACAACCACAACCACAAUUCCACCAAAGGAGCCAUGGACGAAAUGCCCGACCUGUCGCACCUCACGCCCCACGAGCGGAUGCAGAUCGAGAAUGUCCUUAUGCGGCAGAAGCAGGAGGAGGAGAAGCAGAACGAGAUCAUGCGGCGCAAGCAGGACGAGGUGGUGACGCUGGAAAUGCAAAUCAGGCAGCGAUCCGAGCAGCAGAAGAAGGCCGGCGUCGAGCUAGAUGCCACCUGUCACAUAUGCCUUAAGACCAAGUUCGCCGACGGAGUGGGCCACAUCUGCCACUACUGCAACAUACGCUGUUGCGCCAGGUGCGGCGGCAAGGUGACGCUCCGCAGCAACAAGGUCAUUUGGGUGUGCAUACUGUGCCGCAAGAAGCAGGAGCUGCUCUCCAAGACUGGCCAAUGGAUCAACAAGACGGCGGCCCAACAAGAUGGUUUCAUCCGACGCAUCGAGCCGGAUGGGAGCAGCGACAUCUCGCAGCACCCCAUCGUGGAUCCGCACGACACCACGGACAAGCGGCCCAAGCUGGAGAGGACGCGCAGUGCCGCCGAGAAGGAGAACCUACCCAUGCAGCGGGCGGGCAGCAUGCUGAGGCGCCAGUACUCGCAGCAGGAGCAGCCCACCAACCGCCGCCUCUCGGCCUCCGACAGCGGAAUGGAGCCCGUGAUGAGCCCCGGCCAGCAGAUGCAGCACCAUCAGCAGCAGCAGCGAUCCCGAAUGCAGCCGAUGAAUCCGCAGCAGGCGCAGCAGGGAUACGGCAUGCAGCAGCAGCAGCAGCCGCGAGCCGGAGGCGCCUAUCCCGAUGAUGAUCCCAGAUACUAUCAGGGUGAACUGGAUGGUCUGAUGAGGCAGCAUCCCCACUUGGCGCAUCCCAGUCAGGUGCAGCCGCAACAUCCGCCGCAGUCGCACUCGCAGCAGCAGCAGUCGCAGCACCAGCAGCAACAUCUAAUGCCGCAGCAACAUCGCCCAUCGCCGCAGCAGCAGCAGCAACACUCGCAGCAAUUCGCAGCCAGGCAGCAGCAGCAACAGCAGCAUCAGCAGCAGGCGCAGCAAUCGUACCACGCGCAGAUCCACCAACAGCCGCAGCAACAUCCGCAUCCCCACGCGCAGCAGCAGCAGCAGCAGCCACAUCAGCAGAUGCAGCAGCAGCAUGGCUACCAGAAGCCGCCGCCGCUGACCCGCAACCUGACCAUCAGCGGUGGUCACGCGAUGGACUCCAGUGCCUACAGCCAGCAGCAGCAGCAGCAGCAGCGACGAGCGCUCGCAGGAUCGCAGUACGCCUCGCAGCAGCAGAGGUCCUUCAGCAGCUCCGAGGAGGAGUUCCAGCACCACCUGCUGGCCGCCCAGGGCGCGGUGACGGUCACCGCGGGAUCGGACUAUGACGGCGGGCGCCUCCAGGUGCGCACCUCAUUGGAUCCGUGGCGCCAGCAGCGCAGCCUCAACGAACGGGAUCUGCUCAGCAGCGGCGGCGGUGGUGGUGGUGGCGUCGGUGGUGCUGACUUCCGCCACCUGUCGCACGCCACCCAGCGGCUGUACGCCUCCGCGGAUCAGCGGGAUCGCUACGAGCUGCAGCUGCAGCACCGCGAGCGCCUGGAGCAGUAUCCUCUUACGCGCACCGCUCGCCUGGACGUCCAGCAGCGCAACUCGCUGAACCGCAGCAACCACGAGCGGCAGUUUUCUGGCGGCGCAGCAGGCGGAGGGCCAGGAGGAGCGGGUGGUGGUGGUGCUGCUGGCGUCUACCGACGUGCCCCGCCCUUGGCAGCCGCCGGCGGCGGUGGCAGCAGCAGCAGCAGCACCACUAGCAGCAGCUACUACCCCCAGUCGAAGCCGCAGAUUGUGAUUGGUCCGGGAUCGGGCUACGAUCGAGGAUCGGGUUCCAUGGCUUCCAUGGCAUCGGCAGCGGCAGCGGCGGCGACAUCGGCGGACGCCCAAGGUCAGGCGGCGCGGGGCAGCCAGCGUGGUGGUCUGCUGGGCGCCACGAGAGGCGGCGGUGGCAGCAGUUCCGUCAGUUCCACGGAGGCUGCCUACUGGGACGAACCGGCCACCAGUUCCUCCUCAUCGGCGGCCCAGGACUCGCGGCGUUUCACCGAGCGUAGAAUAAAGAAGACGGUGCGUUUCGAUGCCCACGACGAAGAGGCCUCCAUACUGGCCAGCAGUUCGCUGCCGCCGGUCACGGCAAUCCUGCCCUCCACGGCUGUGGAUGUGGGAGCGGCCACCAUUCUGAGCAGUGGAAAGAGCCUAGACGCCGGCGGAGUUGGCGGAAUUGGUGGGGCUGACUGGGCACGGUGGGAGGCCGAGCGACAGGGUAGCCAGGACUCGGCCACCAAGGACUCGGGCAUCGAUACCAGCAGCACGUUCACCAGCAGCGAGGACUCCAAUCGAGGAGAUGGGCCCAAGAAUCCGGUGAAUUGGCAAACAUCCGCGGACAAUACUCGCCUGAUCGGGCACAUGAUAUUGCGUAAAUACUAUGAUGGGGAGGAUAUAUUAGGCUUAAAGGUCAACGGCGGUCAGCCCCUCGCAACGGGAGGAUCGGGAGCGGGAACGGGAGCGGGAACGGUAACGGUAACGGGAGCGGGAACAGGAGCAGGAGGUCCAUGCGGGGCCAUUGUGGAGAAGGUGAAGCGCGGAUCGGUGGCCGAUCUCGAGGGCAGGAUUCGACCAGGCGACGAGAUCCUCGAGUGGAAUGGCCGCGGGCUGCACAACAAGAGUGCCGACGAGGUCUACGACAUCAUCGACGAGAGUCGCCUGGACGCCCAGGUGGAACUGAUCGUCAGCCGGCCGAUCGGCAGCGGCGGCGGCAGUGGCGGCAGCAGCAGCAACGUCAGUCCCAUCAGCGGAGCCUCUGGCGGAUCCGCCAACAGUGUGUCCGCUCGCCGCUCCUCGGCCAACUUCCCGCACAGCGGGUUGGCCAGCAGCAUGGCCGGCAGUGCGGUGGUCAGCAGCGGUGGAAGAUAUCUGCAGCGCAAAGCUCCCGCGGUCGAGGCCAUUGAAAUCCAUCGGGACAAGCCGAGCGUGCUAAUCACCUCGCCCGGCUCGCCGGACAUCCACACCAGUGUUUCCGGACCGGGAUCGGUAUCAGGAUCAGGACUCCGGCAACGUGGCGGCGUCGGGCAGACGCAGCGCCUGGGACCAAGCCACAGCACCCACAGCCACAGCAGCAGCGGGAGUGGCAGCGGCAGCGGCAGCAGCACCAGCAGCGUCCACGCCCCCGCCUCCGCCCACGGCCCCGCCCACGCGUUGUCGUCCGCUUCCGGUUCCGCCCCUGGCGGCCUGCACGGCACAACGACGGCGGGCCACCAUCACCACCCGCACCCGCACCACUACCACCCGCACCAGCAUCCGCUUCCGCAUCCGCACCAGCACCAGGCUCCGCCCGCCGCCCACCUGCAAGGCCACGGGGUGGGCGGUGGCACGGGCACCCCCAUCGGCAUCGGCAUGGGCAGCGGCUCCGGCACCACCACACAGCCCAUCCCCAUCGAGGGGCGGCUGCAGCUGAAGCUCGGCUACGACCAGAACACCCUGCAGCUGAUCGUGACCCUGGUCUGCGCCACCGGUCUCUCCCUGCGCCAGAGCGGAGCGGGCCGCAAUCCAUAUGCAAAAGUGUUCCUUCUGCCCGAUCGAAGCCACAAGUCCAAGCGGCGAACGAAGACGGUGGGCACCACAUGCGAGCCCCGAUGGGGCCAGACCUUUGUCUACUCGGGUCUGCGGCGCUGCGACCUCAACGGCCGACUGCUCGAGGUAACGCUGUGGGACUAUGUGCGGUACGGGGCCAACGACUUCAUCGGCGAGGUGGUCAUCGAUCUGGCGCACCACAUCCUGGACGACGAGGCCGAGUGGUAUCAGCUGCAGCCCCACCAGGACACCUCCUAUCUCUUACGUGACGAAGGCAGCGAUGUGGACGGCCUGAUACUGACACCGACAGAUCAUUUAUCACCGCCGAGCACCGUGUCGCGCCUUAGUGAUUCGGACACCACGUCCGACUGCGACUUCGAUGGAAUGACUCCGGGGGCCAGCAUCUCGUCCAUGGGCAGCUCAGCGAGUCCGCCGCCCCUGCUAGAGCUCGAUCUAAACGAGCGUCGGUCCCGACGUGACAUGUCGCCCCAGGGCCGCAAACGGGUGGCCGGGAUGGUGGCCCGGGACUACCGCACUGUAUCUGGCAUUGGACAAAGUUACCACAAUCAGGCCUCUGCCACCGGCUACUAUCGUCGCGGAGGUGGUAAUGGUGUCGGCUCCGCCAUCGGUCCGGGUGGCAUGAGCCUCAGCCAGCGGAGUCACUCGGCGGCACCCAGCGACGGUUACCACAGCAGCAGCGGCGGCGGAGUGGGAGGAGUGCCCUCCUACGGCUAUCGGAGCACCAGUCCCCGACGGGGCUCCUUGUCGCCACCCGACGACCGCUACAUAGACUAUCCAGUGCUUCCAGUACACGGCUCCUCGCCCAACGCCCCAUCGGUCUACCAGGGACCGGGUGGUGCGUCCUCGGCGGCGGCAACUGCCUCGCAGCAGCAGCGAUUCCAGUCGCGAUCGGCCACAGCCACGCCCACAGGGUCCCCGAAGAAGAGGCAGCUACCACAGGUGCCGCAGACCUCCCGCAGUGCGAUGCUGCGAGAUCGACUGGGUCAGGACUUCGACGAGCGGUUGGCCUCGGGCGGUCGCUUCGGAAGGCACCGCACACGGCAGCCGCACCACCAGGCCACCUACCGCAGCACCGGAAUGGGCGGAUGGGAGCGCCACUACACGGGACUGUCGGACAGCGACCUGCACUCGAUGGACGCGCGGAUGCGGCCGAGGCACUCGCUGUCGCCGGACAAGGACUUCAUGGGCGAGUUCGGCGACUCGGACAUGGAGUCGGUGGUCAGCGUGACCUCCAGCGCCUUCUCCACGCAGUCGGAGCGGCCGCGCACGUCGCGCGGACUCAGCUUCCCCCGCAACUGGCGCAAUCUCUUCGGCGUCCGCAACAGUUUCCUCGGGGGCGCAGGAGGCGAACCCAUCACCGGACUGCGGCUGCACCACUCGGAGCCCGGAAGGGCCAACACCAUCGAAGUGGAUGACUGCGACUAUCUGCCGGUGGGCGGUGCCCAGCAGUUGGUGUUGCUGGAGCAGCUGGAGCAACUGCAGCAGCUGGCCGCUCUGGCAGCAGCAGACUCCCCACCCAUUUCGUCGAAUUCGGGAAUUGGAAUACAGCCACCUCACCAGGUUUUGGUGACCGAUGCCAAUAGCGGCCAGCUGGUGGAACAAUUCUACGUUGAGCCCGGCACAAUGGCCGAGGAGAUGAUGGAGCCACUCGAUCCACUCGAUCCCCAUGCGCAUCUGCAUCCACAUUCCGUCUUCUACUCGCCAUCGCCCCAUUUGCCACCACAGCCAUUCGACAUCGAUAUCGACACCAUCUAUCCACCACGACGGUCCAACGGACAGAAACCGAACGUACAAGCCACCGCCGCUGCCUAUCCGCUGCCGCUGCUGCCGAGCUUUGAGCAAUUCAAGCGCAUUACCACGCCCAUCACGAAUUUCUUCCGCAGCUCCUCGCCCGCGGGCAUCCACCCCCACGCCCACGCCCACGACCACGCCUCCACUACGCCCAGUUCGCUGGUGGGCUAUGUGCGCGACCACCAGGACAAGAGCUGCAGCCACUGCCAGAAUGGAAGUCAGCCGGUGGUGCUGUCGACCCACCACACCCUUCACCUGACCGCCGCCGGUCUGGCGAUCGGCGCUUGCCAGGAUCCCUGCUGUCUGGCGGAUGCCCAUCCGCACCCGCAGCACCAGCCCAUGGGCUACGGGGAGCCACCCACUUCGGAUCCUGCGAUGUGCGGCGAGUGUGUGGAUCAGCACUUUCUGGGCGGGCUAACGGGACCGCAACUGAAUCUCGGCGUGGUUCCCACUUACCACGUUCACACGCCCACUCCGAAUGCCCAUCGGCGUGCCAGGGGACAAAUGGCCACGCCUGCACCACCGCCCACGCAGUCGGUGCUGCGCCUUUCGCGCCAGCUGAGCGAAGAUGCCCUCGUGGCCGCCGUUCCCAUUUCGGAGGCCAAGGCGCAACCAACUUCGAUCCUGAAGAAACCGAAGCUGGAGCGAAGGCGACUCUUUCACGAAGGACAAUCCCGGUCGCUGGACUACGAUGAUCUGCACACGAAGAGCUGGGGUCGCCGUCGCAUUCGGUACGAGGACGAGGUGAUGCCCUCGUCUGGGGACUAUCCCUAUCCCCACCCGAAUCCAUAUGCCAGCCAUUCACCCACGACGGCGAUGUCGCGACGCUACGGAUCGGAGACCAAUAUUCGACAGAGUUAUAUGGGUGCAAAUGUGGAUGCCAACCAUCCGCUGAGUCACUCGCAUUUCCUGGUGACAGAUGACAAGAUAGUGACCAUUACCUACGACUCGGAUGUGGGCUGGACGCGACGGGGCGUGGCUCCAUCGCUCUUUCGCGGAGCUCACCGACAACGCGGACUGGCGGAUCCCAGGAACCACAUGUCGCUGGAUCUGCAGCGAACCAGCCAACAGAAGUUGUACGGACCGGCGGCGCCGUAUCUGAAGCGUCGAAGGAAUCUGCCGCAUCCGCCCAGUGCGCAGAAUGCCCACAACUUUUCACCAAUGGAGCCGGGAUCGGGAAUGGACGGGCUGAAUGCUGCGACAGCGGGAAUGGUGGAACAGGGCAACGGAAUGGGUAGCGGUGGUGCACACAACACUACCAGUACACACAAUAGCAACCACCACACCAACCACCACAAUAGCCAAGCGAGUAGUGUUAGUGUUAGCCAAAUUCACAAUCAACAACUUCAACAACAACAACAACAAUUACAACAACAAUCAGUUAGGCAAAAAGGGAAAGAAGGCACCACCGCCAUGAGCGGAUCGAUGAUGGCAUCGGAGCAGCUGACGAAAUCUAGUAGUGGGAGCGGUGGUGCAACAUCUGCUGCCGCUGCUGGGCAUCUUGUCGUCGGUGGUACUAAUGCUAAUAAUGCUUCUUCUUCCUCUUUUGCAAAUCCCCAACCACCACCACCACAACAACAACUACAACAACAACAACAACUUCAUGGAUCACCCAACAAUCUCAACAACAACAAACGUGCCCCAUCAUCAACACCACAACAAAACACGAACACCAUAAAUGACGCCAACAACCUGACGCUCGACGCCACACAUCAACAAUCACAACAACAACAACCACAACAACAACAAUUACAACAAUUACAACCACCACCAAAUACAUGCACAAAUCAAAACACGAACCCAACAACCACAUUAACAACAACAACCACAACAUCGUCGAAUGCAACGAAUGCGGCGACAACGACAACCGCAAAUGCAACAAAUGCUACAACAACUGCCACAAAUCCAACAACAACAACAACGAAUAACACGAACGAACCAAACGCAACAACGACAACAACAACAACGAACGCUAAUGCCGACGCGGAUGCGGACGCGGACGCGGAUGCUCCGCUGGACGCCAUCGACUGGGAUGCCAUCGACGCCAUGCUGGACGACGACUUCAGCGAGUACGACAAGGAAAAGAACGGCGCCGACGAGGCUGGUGGCUCCAAGUCAGCGGAGGGUGCGGGUGCCGAAGACAAAGUCGAUGGCAGCCUCUCGGACACCGCGAACGACCGGAAGAAGGGCGGCGGCGUUGACCAGGAGCGAUCCCCAAAAGGAGGCAGCGGCAUGGGCAAGAAGUCGAACUCCACCUCGCAGCUUUCGGCCACAGGUCGUAAAAGACGUAUGGGCUUUGGAAAGAAGGGUAAGAACUCGUUCACGGUGCACCGCAGCGAAGAAGUGCUGCCCGGCGAUAUAACGCGGGAACUGCGAACCGGUGGCGGAUUGGGCGUCAGUCUCGGCGGUGCCGGCGGUGCCGGUGGUGCCGCCGGUGGGUCAGGUGGUGCCGGCGGGGGCGGCCUGUCCCGCGGCUCGUCCUCGGAGGCGGACGCCAUCGAGCAGUUCUUCGGCGAUGGUGCCGGCGGGGAAAGAUUCUCCCCUUCGCUGCGCAACGAUGGAGCCCUCAAUGAGUUCGUGGAUGGCCUGGGACCUGGUCAACUGGUUGGUCGCCAGGUGCUGGGAGCUCCCUCGCUGGGCGACAUCCAGCUGUCGCUGUGCCACCAAAAGGGCUGUCUGGAGGUGGAGGUCAUACGAGCCAGGGGCUUGCAGCAAAAAGCGCAGUCAAAAAUGCUGCCUGCUCCGUAUGUAAAGGUGUACCUGGUGUCGGGAAAGCGCUGCGUGGACAAGAUGAAGACUUCCUCGGCUCGACGCACCCUAGAUCCACUGUACCAGCAGCAGUUGGUGUUCAAGCAGUCCUACACCGGUUGCAUACUACAGAUUACCGUGUGGGGCGACUAUGGCCGCAUCGAGAAGAAGGUGUUUAUGGGCGUGGCGCAGAUAAUGCUCGACGAUCUGAAUCUGUCGAAUAUCGUGAUCGGCUGGUACAAGCUCUUUGGCACCACCUCACUGGGUCGUCCGAUUGUUUGGGCCGGCGAAUCAGUCAUUAUGGAGGAGCCGGGCGAAUAACAGUUUCCAACACUAACGACACCCAAACAAACAGCCACCUCAACGAAAACACUUUAAGCACCCAAGCACAAUUCAAUUCAAGCGAACUUAAAACUGAACUGAAUUCAUAACCAUUCGCCAGUGCUGUCAGCCCGGCAGCCAAAUAGCAAAGGACCAAAGGACAUCCUGCAGCGGCGCUUCCCAGAGGACGCCGCCCGAUCCUCAUUCGGCAGGUCGCUGGCCCAAGCUAAGUCCACAUCUGUUGAUUUUCUACUCUACGGCGGCGGAGGACUUUGCAAGAAUACAAAAUAUAAAUAAAUGAAGAGAAAUAUCUAAUUUUUAUAAGUCAUGAAAACAAAUGCAUUUAAAUGAACCGAGAACCGAAAACCGAGAAGCGAAAACUGAGAAGCGAAAACCGAGAACAGAAGAGCAGCGCGGAGCAGACUCAGUAAAAUGUUUAAAAACGUAACUACGGAAUACAGCUAAAUGAUAAAUGUAGAGGCAGUCUAUAUAUACAUAUACACAUAUAUAACGGAUAACAUUUGACAAAAGGAUACUUGUAAAUUAUGCAUAUUUAAAAUAAUUUUUAUUACACACCUAAGAUCACUAUUAUUUUCGUAAUACGAUUACUACGAUUAUUAUUACUUAAACUAUUACUGAUAAAAGCGUAAAAAACCAAAAAAAAAAAAUACAAAAACCAAAAAACAAAGAAGAAAGAACAAGAGAAGGUGGAUAAAGUUCAAGUGCUAGUGUCAGUAUGCCUAAGCCUUAGCCUGAGCAGCGACGCAGAAGGAUAUAAAUUGUUUAUUGAAUAAAUAGCUAAAUCUAAAUCAGUAAAGGGAGUUAUAGAUUUUCAGAGACGGGAGUUAUUUAAGUAUAUAUACACACAUAUAUAAAUCGAUAUAUACAUAAAUAUAUUUACUGUUUAAGCAAGCAAAGAACCACUAACACUUAAAUAAGCCUAACUUACGAUAAAAACGAUAAAGUUAAAGCUUAAGAUUAGGUAACUAAAAGGAGGGACUUGAGAUAUGUAUUAAUCGAAGAACAAAAAGAACAACAAAUAUUUACCAAGCCAGAAAGACGAGAAAGUUUAACUUAAUAAUGCAAAAUCUGAACCUAAGCUGUACAUAGCAGAUCCACACACGUUACAUAUACACCACAUCCGAUAAUCCGACUACUAAACCAACUACCGCUUCCCCGAUUUAAGGCUAUAUAGCUUUUGGUUCGCUCUGCGCCACCUUAAAAAACUCCGCAGUCACCCCAAAAUGUGCGAGUUUUUGACGUCGGCGAUGAGGACUUAAACAUACACGUAUCUGAGGCAGAAAGUAUCCUUUAAUUUAACCUAGAGCAAUGGAAAGCUAUCUCUAUAUAUGAAUAACUAUAUCGCGAUUUCGUUGUAGCUCCCCUCACUAGCUCGCUUCACUAGUCGCUUUAGCAUCCUUUUGCCGCCUUGGUUCCAAUCAACUUGCCUCGAAACGCAUCAAGUACCUUCAAGUUAAUAGUGUGAGCUGUAAAAAUCGUUACCUGCUUGCCAAAGACACACGUACACGUACAUACAUUAGCGUAUUUAUAUAUAUGGAAAAUGGAAAAGUGCAACGGAACACCAAAAAUAGUUUGCAAUUUACUGCGAGUUCAUUUCAGAUAUUUUUUUGGCAUUCUUUUGGGCAACAUUUUGCAAUGCAUUCCUGGGGAGAAGCAAACAUAUCACUGGCCUGCAGACAGAUGAUGGAUGGGAGCAGUUAACUUUUAUAAAUACAAAUUAGGUCAUAGGGCAGAGGGCUGAGGGCUGAGAGAUUACUAUGGAGGAUUUUGAGACACCUAGCUAUUGUUCCUAUCCAGUUGUUUAGUGCUCUUUUUUUGCUUUCACUCAUGGCUACAGAUAUUCAGUUGAACCUUUCCGUCCAUUCAUUCAGAUACACACAGCUAUACAUAGACACAGUCGCAACUACAGAUGCAGAUACAGAUACAGAUACAGAUUGAAGCGAAGUUAAAUAAUAUAUUGACAUGUGCAUAUCCAUCCAAGCAGCAGCUUCCUAUAUCAGAACUAAACAACUUAGAGAUACGUAAUGAAAUGCCGAAACACAGGGACAAUGCAUUCAAAAUGUUGCUGCAAAAAAAUCACAAAAAAGUCGCGCAUCGAGCAUUUGGGAGAUGAGGAGGAUAACGCGCUUUAGAUAUUUGAGAAAAGUAAAACUACCAGCGAGGUUUCCAGCAACUAAUUAUACGAUAUAUAAGUCAGAGGAACAUACAUUCAGAUACAUACAUUAUAGAUAAUCAGAUUUGUAAACUCCGCUCUUCACGAACCCCAUACGAACUUUUUUAAUGAUAAAACUCUCUCUAUCUCUAAACCUUUAUAUUGUUUCCACUGCUCUCCUUCAGCAAAACAUUCAAGUUGCUUUGAUUACUCAGCAAUCCAGCAAAAGGACGAACAGAAGUAAUAAACUUCGGCCAGGUCGACGUUAAAUGCCCGUUCCGGAAUCAAUUGGCUUAAAAUAGAUACAAAUUGCUGAACAAUAGUGCAAUGGGAAUAUUUCGUAGAGGGCAUUUCUACCGUACAGUCAUACCAGAAAUUCUUAUUAGGAUUCCUAUAGAAUUCGUUACAUUUAAGUCACAACAAAGACAAAAGCAUAUAGAAAAUGUUAAUGAAGCAAAUGAUAUAUUACGGCAAGUUAUUUCAAAGGCAACCAAUACAAGAAACAAAAUGCUAUUUACUAAGUUCAAUUCGAAUGACAGGCGACGUUAAUACACGAGACACAAAAUCAACAACACGAGAAUAUAUCAUUUAUUGCAAAUGUUGAACAAAAUUGAUUAAAAAGGCAAAGGACUGCGCUCUCGUUGGGCGCCCCGAAUACCUUAUAUUGUAUUUUAAUAUCUCGACAACAAUCGAAGGUCGAGAAACGACAAUAAACUGUGAAAUGAAUAUGUAAAAACAAAAAACCAAAAAAACACAAAAACUAAAAUUAUACUAAAAUUUGCGGAGAGGAGCAUUAUUAAUAUUGAUGAACACAGAAACUUGAAUUGUGUAAAACUAAAAACUAAAGAGAAAA